CAUGAGGCUGAGGCUUAGGGAUCAAUACACCGAGAGGCUGGAGCAGAGAAACACCGAGGCACUGUGAGAAGAACAACACAACCAGCCUGUUAUUAUUAACCACAUUAACAAGUUUUAACAGUUCAUACCAGCAGCAGCAGCAGCAAUGAACGGACAGAUUAACGGUUUUCACAACUCCCUCAUUGAAGAGGACUGCUUCUUGUUCACCUCGGAGUCGGUCGGAGAAGGACACCCCGACAAAAUCUGCGACCAGAUCAGUGAUGCGGUUCUGGACGCCCAUCUCAAGCAGGACCCGGAUGCUAAAGUUGCUUGUGAGACAGUCGCCAAGACUGGGAUGAUCCUCCUGGCCGGUGAGGUGACAUCACGUGCCACAGUGGAUUAUCAGAAAGUCGUCCGUGAAACAAUCCGCCAAAUUGGAUACGAUGACUCCUGCAAAGGCUUCGACUACAAGACCUGCAAUGUUCUUGUUGCCUUGGAGCAGCAGUCUCCUGACAUCGCUCAAGGUGUUCACAUUGACCGUAAUGAGGAGGACAUCGGCGCAGGGGACCAGGGCUUGAUGUUUGGAUACGCCACCGAUGAGACCGAGGAGUGCAUGCCUCUCACCAUCGUCCUCGCUCACAAGCUGAACGCUAAGAUGGCUGAACUGCGUCGCAACGGCACCCUGCCGUGGCUCCGACCGGACUCAAAGACGCAGGUGACCGUCCAGUACCGUCAGGACCGUGGCGCCAUGCUUCCUGUGCGCGUGCACACUAUUGUUGUCUCUGUGCAGCACGAUGAGGAAAUCUGCCUGGAGGAGAUGAGAGACGCCCUGAAGGAGAAAGUCAUCAAGGCGGUGGUUCCCUGCAUCUACUUGGACGAUGAUACCAUCUACCACCUGCAGCCAAGCGGGCGUUUUGUUAUCGGGGGCCCUCAGGGUGAUGCUGGUCUGACUGGACGUAAAAUCAUUGUCGACACCUAUGGAGGCUGGGGAGCCCACGGCGGCGGCGCCUUCUCGGGGAAAGAUUACACAAAGGUGGACCGCUCGGCUGCAUACGCUGCACGCUGGGUGGCCAAGUCUCUGGUGAAGGCCGAGCUGUGCAGGAGGGUGCUGGUCCAGGUGUCUUAUGCUAUCGGAGUCGCCCAUCCCCUCUCCAUUUCUAUCUUCCAUUACGGGACCUCCAACAAGAGCGAGAGAGAGCUGCUUGAUAUUGUGAAGAGGAACUUUGAUCUGCGCCCCGGAGUCAUUGUCAGGUAAAGUAUAACAACUGAAGCCGCCUGCUACUCAGACCGCAGCUCCUGGCCACCUGCUUUUUUUUUUUUUCUUCUUGUGCCUUAAUUUUGUCUAAUGUAAUUGCCCAGGAUUUCAAUUUACAUGUUUUUUUAGCAUUGUUAAACUCUGAUCCCAAAACUAUUUUUCAUUUGCUGUUGCUAUUUUGUUUGGCAGCGUUUAAAAGCUGGGCAUUUGCCACAUCUAUUUGUACUUUAAGGUAGUGUGAAUAGUUGCACAUUCGGGCAUUAUUUAGGUCAAAAGGCACAUUUAUUAGCGACAUAAAGCCUUGUAGCUCGGUUAGAUAAGUCAUCUUUUAAAGAUGGGAUGAGUGUGGUUUCCAUCUGCAAGCUGCAGCGACAAACUGCUCAGGGAUGAUCUGGUUGGUAAGUGUCGAAACAUCACAUGACCCCCCCCCUCUCUGCACAAGCUGGUCUUACAACUUACAACCCUCAUGGAGUUUUUUUUUUCCUCCUGCUGGCAUAUGAGUGUGUGUGUGUGUGUAAGCAUGACUGUGUGUAUUUGAAGUGGAUUGAUGUGACUGCUGCUGAAUAUGUCGAUUAUGUAUUCCAGGGAGCUGGAUCUGAAGAAGCCCUUGUAUCAGAGGACCGCAGCCUAUGGCCACUUUGGCCGAGACGCCUUCCCAUGGGAGGUGCCCAAAAAACUAAAGUACUAAACCUGUUAAGCUUUUCCCCCCAGGCCUGUUGGUGUAUACUACAGAGAAGCCUCCAAGGUCCCGGGGGUGAAAUGCGCUCAUCUCUCAUUAUGGCAUCUUUUUAACACAUGACCCCUUCCUCACUCCAACUCCCUCCUUUUGUCUUGUUGCUGUUUUUCUGCCGGUGACGGUGUCACACUGCGUCAUAAGAGGCGAGCCUCAGAUACUUGAUGUUGAAUGAAUUUGGAUGGGUGCGAUGAACUCGUGCACCGUAGUACUUUAAUGUUCUCCCACGUCUCGAGGUUCCCCCUGUUGUCGUGAUAGACCCGCAGUAGUUGCGUUCACUUGUUCUCCUUUCAGCAUUCCUCACCCGUCAGUCUUCUAUUCAGUGUCAUGGCGGUAGCAUAUUAGGCCAUAUGCGAUACCCCUCUUAAUUUACUGGUGCUACUGAUGUCUGCUCAACACCCAAAACUUCUCAAAUCUAUUAAAGGCUUUCUGUGUGAUUUUAAAAGAUCUUAAAUAUAAUAUAAAUCAAGUAUGUCCUCUGAAAAUAACUGAGUCAUGACUGUCUACAAUGGGUGUAACACCCGAGUCCCACUGUCUGUGAUGUUUUCAGAGUCCUAUCUUCAGUUUGUUUACAUCGCCAGGACGGUGGUUUAAUUGAGGGACUAGAGAAAAGAAGAAUAACAUACUGUACUCACUGCUUAACUGUGUUUCUAGAUCACGUUCAUUUCAGGUAAAUUUACAUGCAGUGUGAAGAUACGAGCAUAAUAAUGAGUUGUUUUGGUUUCAUGCUGGUGCUUAAGGGUGACAUCUGCUGGAUCAAAAAAUCACAUAUAAAGCCUUUAAGGAGCUUAAUUAGACCGUCUGAGGGUCCUCUGAUCUGACACGUUCUAGACAACUUGGUUCUAAACAUUCCUCCUUCGUCCCGUCUGUUACGACUUUUCACUGACCUCGUGUUUGUUUCCUUUUCGUCGGCUUUAUUCCCCUCGUCUUCGUGGAGGAUGCUAGAAUGGCACAAUUAAAAAAAAAAAAAAAAAAAAAAAUCAAGGGUUGUUGCUGUUUUCACACAUAAAAAACAAAUGCUAUGCAUUGCAGGCUAAGGGUCGAGCCAAAUCCUAACUCAAGCUCUCAAAUGAGCUGAAGCCUCAGACGCCCCCUACAGACCUUUGCUGUUUUCUGACGUAAUACAGAAAAGUCAGAAGCUGCUAUGUCACUGCUCUGGUCUGCAGAGGUGUUGGUAAUACUUGAUAGUGAUGAAAAAUUGGAUUGUUUAUGCAUUGAAAUUCUAUUUUAAAUGUAGUUUCAAUGGUUUUAAUGGUUUGAAGUGACUAAAGGCCCUUGUGCUCCUUGAGUGUAUUGAUGGCAGGUGUAGCUACAGAGAAACCUGGUGCCCAUCUUUGGCCUUAAAGGAGCGGCGUGUUCUUUGCCACAAUCGUCUUAUUGGCUAGGACUCAAAUCCUCAACACUAUAUUUAUUUGUUUUCUGAAACCGGGCGUGGAUACAGAGUAGCCAAGGUUUCAGACGGCAGCUUUAAACACACAUGGAUACUAAAUCUUGAAUUCCUUUUUUUAAUAUUUUUGACUUCAUCGUUUUUCAGUGUUUGGCUGGAGGCUCCAGAGUGUUGUACAGAAAAGCUUUGGUCUGCCUCCGCUGCCUACUGUUAAUGAUGAUUUUACAACCUUUUUAUUUUUGGGACUGUAGAUCUUUUAAGAGGUGGGCUAGUGUUGAAAUUCCCGUUUAAAAUGUCCGGUACAAUUCUUAGCGGUACCUAUCCUCUUUAGUGGGACGGCCAUAUUUGGUUGGUGUAGUACAGAGAAACCAGCCUUGUUUACACGGCCGUCCCAUUGUCGGGAUAGCGUCUCAAAGCUUUGGUUUUGUUCCCUUUGACCACUCGGAGGUCAAUCCCGUUGGCUACAGUAAGUGUAAGAGUGCCUUUUCUAUUUCCUCUACUCCCCCCACUUGCUUUCUCCCCCUCCUGCCAACAUGCAUUCAAAUACAGAAGGAACAAGUAGCUGACAAAUGUAAUGCUUCAUGUCUGGUCUGGGUAGUUUCCUUAUGCUGUGUAAUAAACGACUACUCCUUUCAAAU